GCCUCCGCCUCAGUUGGAGGCAGGCAGGGAACCGGGAUCUAGUCGCCAGUUCGGAUACGUCAGGCGCGACCUUCCUCCUCGCUGAACCCGACUCCAGGUCCCUCCGAGGCUGCAGCUAUGAAGGAGAGACGGGCGCCGCAGCCGGUGGUGGUCAGAUGUAAGCUCGUGCUGGUGGGGGACGUGCAGUGCGGGAAGACCGCGAUGUUACAGGUGUUAGCGAAAGACUGCUAUCCCGAGACCUAUGUGCCUACGGUGUUUGAGAAUUACACAGCCUGUCUGGAGACGGAGGAACAGAGAGUGGAGCUUAGUCUCUGGGAUACCUCAGGCUCUCCUUACUAUGACAAUGUCCGCCCACUCUGCUACAGCGACUCAGAUGCGGUGUUACUGUGCUUUGAUAUCAGCCGCCCAGAGACUAUGGAGAGUGCACUGAAGAAGUGGAGAACAGAAAUCCUAGACUAUUGCCCCAGCACACGUGUAUUGCUUAUUGGCUGCAAGACAGACCUGCGAACAGACCUGAGCACUCUAAUGGAACUGUCCCACCAGAAGCAGGCACCCAUCUCCUAUGAACAGGGCUGUGCGAUAGCCAAGCAGUUGGGUGCAGAACUCUACCUGGAGGGCUCCGCCUUCACCUCAGAGAAGAGCAUCCACAGUAUCUUCCGGACGGCAUCCAUGGUGUGUCUGAACAAGCCCAGCCUGGUGCCUCCCAAGAGCCCUGUCCGCAGCCUCUCCAAACGACUACUCCACCUCCCCAGUCGCUCUGAACUCAUCUCUUCUACAUUCAAGAAGGAAAAGGCCAAAAGCUGUUCCAUUAUGUGAAGCUGGAGCCGGAGGCGGGGGGGAGGAGACAGCCCCCCACUUCCUCCCUUGGGGUGCAGAGGCACGGGGAGAGGGAGGAUGAGACAGUUUGAGACACGGGAUGUGACUUUUUCAGAUGGCCACAGUGAGGGCUUAAGGAGACAGGAAUGGGACUGACGAGGAUGGCCAGGCCUGGCAGGAGGGCCUGACACGAAGCAAGAACCAUCACACCCAAAGCCAGGCACUAGGCUGUGGAGGGGGUAGUUGCCCCAGCGUCCCCCUACUCUAGAGGAAGGAAGGGCGCUGGGGAGAUGGGGACAUGCUGGCCUCGCCUUCAGCGUCACGCCUCUUCCACACAGCAGCGUUCCCAUGUAGGCCUGGGGUGGGAGGGGUCCUCGAGCCCUUCUCUUCCCCUUUAAGAGGUGGCAGCGGACUGGAGAGUUGGAAAGCCCAGAGGUAGCUCCCUUGGGGGCUUAGCCCGGGUGCUUCAUAAC